AUGGCAUCAGACAACGAGGUAACACCUCUUCUACAAGCCCUCAAUGGGCCCAGCGCUGUGGGUCCAGCGACGGAGCAGUCUACGCAAGGAGAAGACGGCACAGAGAAUCCGGAUCGACCAAAGGGUGUCCGAUUUGCCAUCGUAUAUGGCUGCAUUCUGCUUGGUGACUUUUUCGUGGGAUAUGACACGAGCUGCGUGACAACCUUGACGCCAGUCAUCAGCGAUGAGUUCCAUUCGAUUGGUGAUGUCGGCUGGUAUGGGAUUGCCUACAUCCUCGCCCUGGUUUCCACGAUUCUGGUCUUUGGGCAGCUGUAUUCCAUCUUUCCCAUGAAGUCCGUCUUCACAAUCUCGUUCUUUUUGUUCGCCGUGGGCUCAGUCAUCUGCUUUAUGGCGCCUUCCUCUGUGGUCUUCAUCGUUGGUCGAGCCGUCACAGGUAUCGGCGGCGCAGGUAUCUUUUCUGGCGGAGGAAUCAUCGUCUCCCAGAUCACUCCCCUACACAGCCGCCCAAUCUACCAAGGCAUCACAGGAGGUGUAGAAUGCGUGGCCCUCGCCUUCGGCCCCAUCGUUUCCGGCGCAAUCGCCCGCAUCACUGGUUCCUGGCGCUUCUCCUUCCUCAUCAUCGCACCCGCCUGCCUGGUCAACGCCCUCGCCAUCCUCACUUUUGUCCACCGUCUCCCUCAGCCAGAACACGCCAGCCUCUCCACCCGCGAGCGAUGGGCCAGACUCGACAUCGUGGGUGUGUUGCUGUUCGUCCCCGGCUCCACGUGUCUCCUGCUCGCUCUGCAGAUCGGCGGGUCGGUGUAUCCGUGGGAUGACGCACGGGUGGUCGCCUCGGUUGUGGUCGCGGGUGUGUUGCUGGUUCUCUUUUUGGUGGCGCAGAGGUGGGCUGGUCAUCGCGCCAUGGUCCCUCUGUAUCUCUUGAGAGUGAGGGCCGUUGCGCUGGGGUCACUGGCCAUGUUCUUCACCAGUGGCUCGUUCUACGUGUUUGGGUUUUAUCUCCCGAUAUACUUUCAGGCGCUGCGAGGGGCAGAUACUUUUACCUCUGGUCUCAUGUAUCUCCCCUCCGCUGCUACCCUGGCCAUCACAAUUCUCGCCGCCGGCCACAUAACAUCCUACAUCGGCUACUACACGCCCCUCAUGGCCUUCGGCACUCUCCUCUCCUCUCUAGGCGCAGGACUUAUCACGACGCGCUUCACCCUAUCCACUCCACCCCUUGAAUGGAUCAUCUACCAGAUCUUCUUCAACCUCGGCGGCGGCGCCAUGUUCCAGCAGCCCUACACGGCCAUCCAGGCGGUCCUGCCGGACAAGAAUGUCCCCACCGCCAUCGUCGUGCUCAGCUUCGUGCAGGAGCUGGGCGGGUUCAUGGCGCUGGCUGUUGCGCAGGCGGUCUUCAUCGGUACACUGCUCAGGCGGCUCAAGAGUCUGGGGCUGGGGUUGACGGCGAGGGAUGUGUUGGAUAUGGGAGCUUUGGAUCUGAUUGAGGCUGUGCCAGAGGCGAUGAGGGGACUGGUGAAGGAGGCGUAUAUGGACUCUAUUAGGGAGGUGUUUGUGGUGGGCUUGGUGUGCACUUGUUGUACGAUUGUGUCGUUGGGAAUUCCGUGGCGCUCAGUCAAGGAGGACAAAGACAAGGCUGCGGAAAGCGACGAGUGA